AAAAACAGCCAUAUAUAAGAUUGGGUGGAUACGACCCAUCCGUUCAUUCUGAGUCUGUUAAAUAUUGUGGGAAAAUGAAUUGAAUUGAAGAAAUAGUCAUAGAGAAGUUUGUUCACCCCUGUACUAAAUGCAUGUUAACACCACACAGGGACCUAACUAUGAUGACAUUGAAGCGGACAUUGACAAAGAGCUGGCCGAGGAUGAGAAACAACUUAAAGUGAAGGAGAGAAGCAACAACUCUGAUGAGCAAGAGGACGAUGAGGAGAGGUGGCCCUCACCGAUGGACCCACUCGAGUACGAUUUGGACAGAGACAGCCCCGAUAAGUCCUUUCAUGCGACACCACCUCCUUUGGGUGUGGGUGAGCAGACGGACGAGGAAAAGAAAUACAUCCAAGGGAAAAUCCAACAAGCCAACAAGGAGCUGCAGGAUCAAGAAGCUCCAAAUUUGAGCAGGAGGCGGCGACUUCAGUUUAAAGAGACACUGGUUACCUUAGCGGUGCCUCCCUUGCAAUCGGAAAAUGAUGCCAGAGAGGUGGAUGACACAGAGAUGGAAGUGUCAGGGAGGUUGUCUGAACUGAAACUGUCCCCUCGAGAGGAGCAUCAAGGUGGGAUGAGAGAUGAAGGGCCAAAAGAGGGAAGGGUCCUUGUGGAAAAAGAUGGCAGGUUUGACCUCGUCAGCCUCAAAGAGGUGGAGAAUCAAGGCCUUCUCCCUCCAAUCACACUGGAGCACACAAGCAGCUUCAAGAAGAGCCCAACUUCCCUCCCCUCGCCUCACUUGCCCGUCGGAGCUACUUCCGAUCGCCUGCGGGCACCUCACCCUCCGGGAAGGCCAAGCUCGGCCUGCCACAGCCACAGAGGAGGUCAGAAGAGAGGAACCAAGAGGCGAGUGCAGUCAGCCAGCGGGGCGCCCUCCCAGGCCACGUUCAAGCUGUCACCUCAGCAGAAGGAACUGCUGCUCAAGGUCCAGGAGAGGAAGGAGAAGAUAGCCAGAGAGGUAGCGACACUCGUGAAUCCCCACUAUUCAGCGACCGAGACUUGCCCAGGGUUAUUGUAG